AUGCCUAUGACCUGGGGCCACGAAGCUGAUGCAAAGCUUCUCCUUGGCAUCAUCGCGACCAGCAACGUCAAGCCCGACUACGAAGCACUUGCCAAAUAUAUGGGCCCUGACUGUACUGUCUACGCGAUCCAGCACAGAAUUAGAAAGCUUAAGGAUGCCGGAGCUGCCGCUUCUGCUGACGGCGAUUCUUCUACUCCUGCUACUCCAGAGAAGCGUAAGCGCGGCCGCCCAAAGAAGGAUACCAACGGUGACGCUGUGAGCAAGGACGAGGCCAGUCCUAAGAAAGCCAAGAAAGAGGAGAACGGUUGUGCUGUCGACAGCGCUUGA